AUGUACCAACAGCAGCAAAACCCUUUGCCCCUCAACUCCCCCUCAGCAGCAGCUGCUGCAGCUCUGCUGCGGCCUCGCAAGAAUUCGCACCGAGACGCCCUCCAGCAGCAGCAGCAGCAGCAGCAGCAGCAGCAGCAGCAGUUUUUCAGUGUCCCGUCGUCGCCGGCGACGCCUGCGCCCGCGCCCUCAGCAGCAGCAACAGCAGCAGCAGCAGCAGCAGCAGCAGCAGCAGCAGCAGCGGAAGCAGCGGGCGCCUCCACGCUCAUGGGGCCCCCACAAAGCAGCAGCAACUCGGGGGGCCCCUCGGAGGCCCCCAGCCUUCCUGCUGAACUCGUAACUGCUGCUCGCUGCUGGCAGCAGCAGCAGCGGGAGUGGCAGGAGCGCUAUCACCAGUGGCUGCUGCAGCAGGGGCUGUGGGAGACGCAGCAGCAGCAGGGCGCGGGGGGCCCCCUGCUGCAGGGGCCCCUGCUGCAGGGGGCCCCCGGGGGGCCCCUGCUGCAGGGGGCCCUCGGGGGGCCCCUGCUGCAGGGGGCCCUCGGGGGGCCCCUGCUGCAGGGGGCCCUCGGGGGGCCCCUGCUGCAGGGGCCCCUGCAGGACCGCGGGCUGCAGCAGCUGCAGGUGCUGCCGCGCAGCAGCACAUUUGCUUCUGGGGCUUUGUUGACUUUGCUGCGGAAGGGUUUGGGGCUGGGCCGGAGAGCAGCAGCAGCAGCAGCAGCAGGCACGCUGCAGCAAACCAAGACUCGGCUGCUGCCAGCAGCAAAGAAGCUGGCGGGGGGGCUGCGGGGCCUCACAAAGAGAAAAGAGACUAACAAAAAAGGGACACUUGAGGAGGAAGUGCUGCAGCAGCAGCAGCAGCUUUUGCUGCUGCGCCUGCACGAGCAGCGCCUCGCUGAAAACCAGCUCCUGCAGGCGCACCUGCAGCAGCAGCAGCAGCAGCAGCAGCAGCUGUUGCUGCAGCAGCAGCAGCAGCAGCAGCACGUUGAUGCGACGUGGGAGCAACCCCUAGCUGAGGCUGAAGAGGAGCUGGCGAGCGCUUCAGAGCCCGACCUGCCUGCUGCUGCUGCUGACCCCCAGCAGCAGCAGCAGCAGCAGCAGCAGCAGCAGCAGCUAAAACGCUGCAGCCUGGCAGCAGAAGAAGCCCCUGAAGUCCCCAGCCACCUCAGCCAAUCUAUAGACUGGAUUGUGGAGGUGGGGCUUAAUGCUGAGGCUCGUGCUGCUGCUGCUGCUGCGCUGCAGCGGCGGGAGCAGCAGAAGCGGCGGUCGCCGCAGCAGAAGCAGCUGCCGCAGCCGCGGCUGAAGCCGAAGCAGCAGCAGCAGCAGCAGCAGCAGCAGCAGCAGCAGGGGAAAAGACACAGCAGCUCCCCGUCGAGAGGCAGCAGCAUUGCCACUUGCUGCGACUCUUCUUUUGCUGCUGAAGAAACUGUAGAAGCACCAGCAGCAAGCAGCAGGGCUUUGGAGCAGCAGGCGCUGCAGCAGUCGCUGCUGUCAGUUUCUUCAAAAGCUAAGAACAGCAGCAGCAGCAGCAGCAGCAAACAAAAGCUGAGGGGCUCCGCAGCAGCAAAACGCAGCCACAGGAGACGCAGGAGCAGCACGCACAAGGACUGCGUCCUCCAGGACUGUCCGCUGCACUGCAGCAGCAGCAGCAGCAGCAGCAGCGGCUGCUGCAGCUGCAGCCACGAGGAAGAGCUGCUCUCAGACAGCAGCAGCAGCAGCAGCAGCAGCAGCUACUUGGCCAGCCGGCUGCAGACCCUGCGGAGACUGCGUGCUGCAGCAGCAGCAGCAAAAAGGAGACAGUUGCUGCUGGCAAGAAGAAAAGCAGCAGCAGCAAAAAGAGAAGAACUCUGCUACGGAGAAAUAAACUUUGAUGUGGCAAUCUAG